AUGACACUCGCAAUAAAUGCCACGCAUCCCGAGCAUCCGACACGCGUCUGCACCGUUUCGCAUACCCGAGGCAAGCCAGCCCUUCUCUGGGGAGUUGGGGGGACUCACCAGGCCGACCAAGCACUCGGCCACUGCCGACCGACCAGAAAAACGCUCACCUCUCCACACACAGCUAAUGCAUACCUUGACUCUUCCAAGACGUUUUCCAAAUCAGGCAGCUUGGUGAAAAAACAAACAACUCCCCACCCAAGGGAACUUGCCCAGAGAGCUGGGGGACUUGUUGACGCUCGGCAUACACCGAGCCAAGCUGCCCAAUCAAGAGACGACACAUGGACUUCUUAA